GCAGACGCAUCACUACGUGCACAGCGUUGUGAAUUGCGAGUUUGCGCUUGUGGCGACGGUGACGAUUCAUAAGGUUACGAACGAAAGCGUUCCUCUGCUGCGUGCGGACCUGGAGGACAAGGGAAACACGACGUUUGUGGGGCUGUCGUACACGCCGGCGAACGAGUGGGGUACAGUCUUCGACGAUAUCACGAGAACAAUACACAACAGCACUUGGAGGCCGGGGAAGGAGUACAAAGUGGCGCUCAUGCUGCAGGGCAACAAGGGCUCCGUGUACGUGGACGGCGUGCUUGUGGGGAAUACUAACAUACUACAAGUCCUUAAGCCACGGAAGCAUGAUAUCUCUCACUUUUACUUUGGUGGCGGCGAAAACAGCAGUGUGACAGUAAAGAACGUCUUUUUGUACAACCGCCGACUAAGUGAAGAUGAACUCAAAGCAGUUGGCCAGUCUGAUGUAUCUUGGAAAAGUGCAGGUGACAGCUCUGAUGGAUCCGAGCAACGUGCAGGUGGCAGCUUUAAUGCGUCCGAGCAACAUGCGGGUGACGGCUCCACGCGUGCUGAUGUGUUCCGGGUGUCAAUUCUGCUGCUAUUGUGGCUAUGGGGCUUUGCGGCCCUGUGCUGA